AUGGCUCAAAAAGCCAAUGUGAGGGAGAGGACCUCUCAAGCUUGGGACCUGCCCUGCUACCAGGCAGUGUUUAAGGGCUCUGCAGCAGAGUUGGCCCCUGUUAAGACUGAUGUCUUCUCUAAAGUUUCAGUUAGACAAUAUCACAGUAGUGGCAAUAUCACAGUAGUGGACAAUUGGGAAGCAGACAUCCUCAGUCCUCGUAACCUUCACCCUGAUCCAUCUGAUGGUAAUCAAGAACGCAAGGAAAGUCUUCAAGAUCCAUGUAAUCUAGUAAACCUGCUUAACUUUCUUCCACCCCUGUACUUCCCCCUGCUUACUACACGCUGCAACAUGUCCCAACUGGGCCGCUUUAUGGUUGGGUUGCUCAGUGGAGUGAGUCUAAUUGUUGGAACCAUUAUUGGAUCAGGAAUAUUUAUUUCUCCUAAAUCAGUCCUUUUCAACACAGGAGCCAUUGGUCCAUGUCUGGUCAUAUGGGCUAUAUGUGGAGUUAUAGCUACAUUAGGGGCGCUGUGUUUUGCUGAACUUGGAACCAUGAUCACAAAGUCUGGAGGGGAGUAUCCUUACCUGAUGGAAGCCUAUGGACCCAUACCUGCCUUUCUCUUCUCUUGGGCCAGUCUGCUUGUCAUGAAACCUUCAUCUUUUGCCAUCAUUUGCCUCAGCUUUGCUGAAUAUGUGUCAGCUGCAUUUUACCCAGGCUGUGAUCCCCCUGUGGUGGUUGUGAAGUGUCUGGCAGCUUGUGCUAUCCUGACCAUCUCCACGAUUAAUGCUAUGAGUGUGAAGCUGGCAAGCUAUGUUCAGAUAUUCUUUACAGCAGCAAAGAUGAUAAUUGUGAUAAUAAUUAUCGUAAGUGGAAUUGUUUUACUAGCACAAGGAAACACCAAAAACUUUGAAAACAGCUUUGAAGGCUCUACAAUCACAGCUGGAGGCAUUGGCUUGGCACUUUAUAAUGGACUGUGGGCAUAUGAUGGAUGGAACCAGCUCAAUUAUAUUACGGAAGAACUUAAAAAUCCAUACAGAAAUCUUCCCUUGUCGAUCAUCAUUGGUAUCCCAUUAGUUAUAUUCUGUUAUUUACUCAUGAAUAUUUCUUAUUUCACUGUGAUGACAGCAACUGAGCUUUUGCAGUCUCCGGCAGUGGCAGUGACGUUUGGAGAUCGAGUCCUUCACCCUGCAGCCUGGAUAGUCCCACUGUUUGUAGCAUUUUCAACUAUUGGGGCAGCAAAUGGCACUUGCUUCACAUCCGGGAGGCUUGCUUACGUUGCCAGUCGUGAAGGCCACAUGCUGAAAUUCCUCUCUUACAUCAGCGUUAAACGUCUGACACCCUCACCUGCAAUUGUUUUUUAUGGCAUUGUUGGUAUGAUUUACAUUAUUCCAGCUGAUAUCGACACUCUCAUCAACUAUUUCAGUUUUGCAGUUUGGAUAUUUUAUGGUUUAACAAUCGCCUCAUUAAUUGUCAUGAGAUAUACACGGAAGGAACUCGAAAGACCAAUCAAGGUCCCGAUUGUAAUCCCUGGAAUUAUGGUUUUAAUAUCAAUUUACUUAGUGUUGGCUCCCAUCAUCGAUAAGCCAGAAUGGGCAUAUCUUUACUGUGUGAUAUUUAUUUUUAGUGGCCUAAUCGUUUACUUCCCGUUUGUACACUAUAAAGUAAAAUGGGCACAAAAAAUAACAAAACCUAUUACAAUGUAUGUUCAGAUGUUGAUGGAAGUUGUUCCUCCUGAAGGAUCACCAGAAUAAGAAAGUUUAAACAAGCGGACUGAGGUGUAUUUUUGUGGAUUCUCCCCAUCAAUCCAAACUUUAUUACCAUUUUGGACAUACAUUACAGUAAUACCCUUGCAUAAUUCUAUACCUCACAAAAUAAAGUGCGUACUUCAGAGUGGGAACUUAGCACCGAGUAGGCGUAAAACAAUGGAUUCAUCUAUGCAGAAGCACUUUCAAUAGGACUUGGUGAAAACUUGUCUUCCUGUCGUUUAGUAAUGUAUUUUGACUUCAUGAUAGCCUGUCAUUUGUUUUCAGUUAUGCUGAGCAGUUUAGUUGCAUUGCCACAUUCUUCACUACUAAUGCAUUAAUAACCAUGUGCAGCAAUUACCUCAUUUAUCUUUCAAAUGAAAUAUUAUGGUUCCCAAUUUAUUUUAAUGAACAUUGGCUACAUAUGUAUAUAUCAGAACACGCAACCUCUUUGUUGACCAAUGAAAACACAGCAAAGUGACCAGAUCAUAUAUAAUCUUGAAUCUUAAAAGUUUUAAAAUCAUAAAUUGAAUUUAGUCUAAAAAUUGGUAGAAAUGUAUUUGUAUAUUCUGACGGGAAGUUAUAGUUAUAUAUCUGCUAUGCGACCAACAACCAAGACAUUGAAGAUCUAUGAAUAAUAAUAUAAUGUUUAUUAGCUAAAUUCAAUUUUUAUACAAUUUAAAGUGAAUGUAAACUUUAACAAAUUAAAGCCCAGUAUCAAAUAAUAAUCUUAAAAGCAGGAGCACUUUAAUUUAUUAAAG